CGUGAACAUUAAUUUACCUAUUUUCUUGGACCUGCAUGCAAAUCCAGUCAUUGGACAGUCCAUUUUCAAUCUUGUUCGUUGUAUAAAUACCCUAAUUUGUACAAGUUCAAAACUCAGGUCAGGCAGAAUAAUAGAGAGGAACAAAUACAAGGAAAAAAGAAAUAAAAAAGGAUAACAGAAUCUCUCUCUCUCAAAAAAUAUAAGAUAAAUAAAUUGAAUAAUAAUAGUAGAGAGAGCUUCCUUAUCCAAAAAUAUUUCUUUCAUUCCUUUGUUUUGUACACUUUUUACCCUCUCGAAAUCGUGAUAAAUAAAGCUUGAUCGAUAAAAUGGCGGUUGGGGUAGGUAUCGAUUCUGGUGGUGGGAAGCAGUAUGAAGGCCGCGUUACGCCUUUCGUCAUCGCCACUUGUCUUGUGGCCGCUACCGGUGGACUCAUUUUUGGGUACGACAUUGGUAUUUCAGGAGGAGUAACAUCGAUGGACGAGUUUCUGAUGAAAUUCUUCCCAUCGGUUUACGCAAAGGAAAAGAACCCAAUCGGCCACGAGAGUCAGUACUGUAAAUUCGAGAACCAUCUCUUGACACUCUUCACCUCCUCCCUUUACCUGGCGGCGUUGGUCGCCUCCUUCUUCUCCGCCGCCACCACCAGAAAGCUCGGCCGGAAAGCCUCCAUGACCGUCGGAGGUCUGGUCUUUCUGGUUGGAGCAAUACUCAACGGGGCCGCGAUGAACGUAUGGAUGCUCAUCAUCGGCCGCAUAUUGCUCGGUGUUGGAAUCGGGUACGCCAACCAGUCGGUCCCCGUAUACCUAUCGGAGAUGGCUCCGGCGAAGAUCAGGGGAGCUCUGAACAUAGGGUUCCAAAUGGCGAUCACAAUCGGCAUCUUUGCCGCCAACCUGGUCAACUACGGGACCGCGCAGAUGAAGGAGAACGGGUGGAGGGUGUCGUUGGGCCUCGCCGCGGUGCCGGCGCUGAUAAUGACCAUCGGAGCUCUGUUCCUCCCCGACACUCCGAACUCGCUGAUCGAGAGAGGGAUGAAGGAGGAGGCGCGUGAGAUGCUGCAGAAGAUAAGGGGGACGACGGAGGUGGACGCGGAGUACGACGACCUUGUGGAGGCGAGCGAGGUAUCGAAGCUGGUGGAGAAUCCAUGGAAGACGAUCAUGGAGCCGAGGUACAGGCCGCAGCUUGUGAUCACAGCUCUCAUCCCCUUCUUCCAGCAGCUCACCGGUAUCAACGUCAUCAUGUUCUACGCUCCGGUCCUCUUCAAAACCCUAGGGUUUGGCGACGACGCCGCACUCAUGUCCGCCGUAGUCUCCGGGCUCGUCAACGUCUUCGCCACCGUCGUCUCCGUGUUCACCGUCGACAAGUUCGGCCGACGCGCCCUGUUCCUGGAGGGUGUCCAGAUGUUCGUGUGCCAGAUCGCCACCGGAGCAUUGAUCGCAUCCGUGUUCGGAGUCUCGGGAGACGGCGCGUUCAGCAAGGAGAAAGGGAACUUGGCAUUGGCCUUGAUAUGCAUCUACGUGGCGGCGUUCGCGUGGUCGUGGGGGCCGCUAGGGUGGUUGGUGCCGAGUGAGAUCCACCCGUUGGAAACGAGAUCUGCGGGACAGUCGAUGAAUGUGUCGGUGAACAUGUUCUUCACUUUCGUCAUCGGGCAAUUGUUCCUAUCGAUGCUAUGCCAUUUGAAGUUCGGGCUGUUCUUCUUCUUCGGGGGAUGGGUUUUGGUGAUGACGGUGUUCGUGUACUUUUUCAUACCGGAAACGAAGAAUGUGCCGAUCGAAGAGAUGAACAGAGUAUGGAAGAGCCAUUGGUUCUGGGGUAAAUAUAUUCCUGAUGAUGCACCUGGUCUUGCCAAUCCCCACCAUAACAACAAUGCUUGAUUCUUAUAUAUAUAUUCAUCGAAGGAGAAUGAAUAAGAAUGUGUAUAUAUGUAUUAUAAUGCAAAUAAUUGAUAUAUUAUAGUUUAGGGUGUAAAGAACUUGAUGGAAGAGAUAGGAUUUUUAUGUAAAGCUUUGGUCAAUUUUCAUUUGUUGUAAAUAAAAACUUAAAAGAUAUACAUAUAUUUGAUU